AUGUUGUCAAAAAUAAUUGAACACAAUACUCAAAUCACAGAUGUAACAGAGUGUCCUGCGUCUUUUAAUCGUAAGUGUAAUUUGAUUAGACAUGAAAAAAGACAUGAUGCAGUUCGGCUCUCUUGUCCAUUGUGUAAUUCAACAUUUAAUGACAAGUCUAACUUGUUACGUCAUACGAAAAACAUCCAUGGUAUUGCUCGGGUCCCUGCUGUUCGGAGUAGUAGAGUAGUAAUCAAUCCACAAGUCAGUGUGUCUAACAAUGAAGACACAUCGAGUCACCCUCCUAGAGCCAUUAAACGUGGAUAUACCGAAGUUGCGCCACAAAUAUUUGUUCCUGACAGUCAAGCUGGUCCAUCCAACAGCCGGCAAGUCGUACCUGCCCCCAUACGAGUAAAUGAUCAGUAG